AUCAAUUUGAAAUAAAUGGUUUUAGUAAUUAUUAGAGUAUAAAAAGCACUAAAGGACUACAUAAAUUGUGUAUUGAUUUAAAUUUAUACCUAAAGGAAUAGUGAUUUUUAGAUGAAGUACGUCGUCAUUUUUUGGUUAGCUGCUACCGUUGUAGCUAUACCAUCUACAGAAAAAGAUGCCUUUAUACAAAUAGGCAAUGAUAGAGAUGGUGCCGAUGUUGUGGCUAGGCCAGCUACAAAUCCUACAACGAUCGGCUCCAUUAAUGAGCAAUCGAAUAUUCAUAACUUUGAGAACCAAGAAAAGGAUACAGAGAAUCUUAACGAAAAAGAAAACGAAGAAGAAAGAUUUGAAGAACCAGUUCAGCCAAAUCUGGUAAAUGGAGAAAAUCUAUAUAGCAAUGCUGCAAUAGAACCUGAACCAAUUGUCAUACCUGGCCCGGUAUAUGAAGAUACAUAUGUACCAUUCAGACGGCCAUCCAUUUUCUCGGGAUUAUUUUCUUUUCUUCCUUCAUGGAUUACGUCGUUUCCCUCUAAGUGGCCUUUCAAAAAACCGUUUUUUCACCGAGCAUCUAUAUUAUAUCCAGACUAUUAUCCCGAGGAUGAGAUUGAGCAAAUGAUUUACUAGAAUGAAACCGUAAAACCAUUUUAAUGGUCCAAACUCAAAAUUUAACAUCUGAAUGUUAAAGUUUGAGAAAUUUGAUUAUGUUAAAUACAGAAUGAUAUUAAGUUUAUUGGAUAUUUACUUAUAUGUAAAACAAAAUCGGAAAUAAACGGGUGUAUAAUAUACACUAGAGGAGUCAACACUAGGUUUUAAGACUAAUUUUUAAGGAUUGUUAUUGUUGAUUUUUCAAUUUUUGUAUCGUUCCCUUUUAUUUUUAAUUUUAAUCAGAAUAAACAUUGUUUCACAUUUUAAA